CGAACGAUGCGCACACGCACCGCGCCGCCCCCUCCUCUGUAUAUAGCCUCCAGCGACCGCGACGGCCUCAGUUAAUAUAUCCACACCGUACUGUGCACACGUCUGUCCAAUCACAAUGUUCUCAGCGCGCGUUCUAACGUUCGCCGUCGUCUUGACAGCGGUAGCCGCGCUACCGGCGUCAGACAAGCCGGCCGUACCCCGCCCAGUCACAACAAUCACAGACGCCGACGUCGAUGACGCACCGUGGUUCAGUUUCCCAUACUUCGGUAACCUGUUCGCCCCGCUGUUCAAACUGUUCCCGACUAUAGCAGACAUCGGCCCGAGGAUCAUUGCCGAUGACGAUAAAUUCCAAGUUAUAGUUGGCGUGAAGGACUACAAGAAGGAAGACUUGAAGGUGAAGGUCAAGGGAGACUUCAUCUUCGUGCAGGGAUCGCACGAGGCUAAGCAGGACGAUCGUGACAUAUUCGCGAGCCAGUUCUUCCAUACGUAUACGCUUCCGGCCAACUCCAGUGCUGCUGCAGUGACCGCGGAGUUAAGCAGUGAUGGUUUCCUGAUCGUCAGUGCACCGAUCGGCGGUGCUGCUGAAAGUACCAGUGAGACUGACAGAGAGGUCCCGAUAACGGAAACCGGUGCCCCUUACCUGAAAGAAGAAUCGACGACGACCGUUGUACCAUUGGAGUCGGAAAGCGACAAAAAGGAAUCGACUACACAGUCGGAACGAGAAGAGGUCACCGAAAAGGACAACGUCAUACCCCACGGAAACGAGAUCCCUGUUUAAUGUGAUAACCUAGUUCUUAUGUAUUUAGAUAAAAAUCAGUAUUUUUAAUAAAUAUUUUUCUAUUUAAGUUCAGUGUUUCGUUUCGUACGUUCGUUGGCUUGACGUUUCGCUUUACGCUCGGUGCGUAUGAAUGCAAAUAUGCUCCAGACGUGGAUGUGAGCAACAAUACAGGAUAUAAAAGUUCUGGUUGGCCUUUCGAGUAAUCAUUCAAAGGAAGUUAUUUGAAUAAUAAACAAAUAUGUCUUCUUCAACUUUCUUUUUGAUCUGCCUUCAGGCUCUGCUCUUACAGAAUGCUUACAGUCAGUACCUGAACUAUGGCAAUUUGGGCUUGACUGGAGUGGACUUUGACGUCCAAGCCACCAGCAGCGCAAGAGCUGGUCUCGAAGGAUAUCUUGGAAACGGUGGUCUCAUUAAUUACCCUGGUGCUGCCAACCUUGGUUUGAGUGGACUCGGCCUCGCUAAUACUGCCGUGAGUGGUGGUUUGGUCGGUCUCAACGGUCUUGGCGUCAGCAACGUCGGUCUUGGUGUCAGCAACAUCGGUCUGAACCAGCUCAGCCUCGGCAACGCCGGUGUCACAGCAGCUGGUUUGAGCAACGCUGGCCUAGCGCUCGGCGGUAUCGGAUACGGAGUCGGCGUACCCAACGUAGCAGCUACAUCUGGUAUCCCCGUGACUGGACCGUUCACCGCUACUGGCGAGGCUGAGCUCGUGGUCGGUGGAGACUUCAGCGUUGCCGGUCAGGCCGCGCUCGGUGGACAGAUCCCGGUGCUCGGCGCUGUCGGCUUCUCCGGUGCUAUACCCGCCAGCGGUGUCGUUUCCAUCGCCGGCAACUGUGGCUGCUCCAGAAUACCCCUGUAAAUUGUAUUCGUGUUUUAAAAUAAAAGAUCACCGAAUUAUGCAUGUAAUAUGUUUUU